AUGAUUUUGAAUUAUGGACAGACGUUUCUUCCUCUCUCGCCGAGCUCGCACCUGGAUCCGCUGCACUAUUGUAUGGCUCCACCACGACAAAUGAUCUCCCUGUGGAGGUCCAUCGUGCAGCAGCUGGCAGGCUCGCAUCCUCAUAUAGAGCGGAGUGCCUUGCCACUGAAGAUGGCAUUAUACAUCUCAUACCUUUUUGUCUGGAAACAUCCCAAUCGCCCACACGAAUCCUGGUGGCAACGGACUCCCUGUUGGCAAUCACACCACACACAUCAUCACAACCAAAAGCACCAGCAGCAGUGCAGACCGUGGGUUAACGUGACCAAUUGGCGCAUGCUGUACGUAAAAGAAAGCAAUUAA